AAGCCCUUGCCCAUGCAGCAGAAGGGGCUUGAUUUCAGUUUGAGGAGCAGGCACCUACAUUUAGUGUACAACUGGCCUGUGUGUCUGCAGAGCUGGGGCAUUGCCAGGCCACAAAGGGCUUCCCAGCUGCAAGAGGUGGUGUCCUCUCCAUACCUCUGGCUCCACGUGGUCCUCACCCCCUCUUCAGAAGGGACACGUGGGCACCCAGAGAGAGACAGAAUGCUGACUGCUGCCACACUCCUGAUUCCUGGGAUGAGGGUGUCCAGGCAGACAUCUCUUAAUUUAUUCUGCCUCCUCUGGCUCCUGCUUCUGCUGAAGGCUGCCUCUUCCUCCCCUCUCCUCCGUGGAAAUGACCCACCAGCCUCUUCGCUCCCCUCGGGGCUGUACAAAGGACACACCUGCAUUGGGUGCGUGCUUGUGGUGUCUGUAAUUGAACAGCUUGCACAGUGGCACAACAGUACGGUAAAGGCAGCCACGGAGAGGCUGUGCAGCUACAUACCUGAGAAACUGCAAGGUUUCUGUUACAUACUUGCUGAACUUUAUGGACCACACAUAGCUGAGCUCAUAGACAGGGAAAUGAAUGCUGAUGUGGUCUGCCAUUCCCUGAAGCUGUGUAAACAGGAUCCGGGACAACCGCUUUGUCAUCUCUACAGCCCUCCGAAGGUUGGGCUGACCACUGCAAUAAGAAAAGCACGGAGGAUUGUGAAGACUUCCAAGGACCUGAAAAACUUCAUGGGGUUCUCAAGCGUGUGUGCGUUUCCUCUUCUGGCUAACCUGUGUGAGAAGAUUAAAUAUGUUUUGAGAAAUAAACUGCCUUUUGAAGAUUUGGAUGGAGAUAAAUUUAGUACUUUCCCGACACUGAGGGGCUACCACUGGCGAGGCAGAGACUGCGACGACAGGAACAACGCUGUGUACCCUGGCAGACGUCCUGAUAACUGGGAUGAGGAAAGGGACUCUAACUGCAAUGGCAUAUGGGGCGUGGAUCCAAAAGAUGGAAUUCCCUAUGAGGAGAAGUUCUGCAAAGGUGCGGAUUCACAAGGGGUCGUGCUGUUGGGAGACUCAGCUGGCGCUCACUUCCACAUCCCUCCAGAGUGGAUGACCGUCUCACAGAUGUCAGUGAAAUCGUUUGCCAAUCUCCCAGUGGCUUUCACCAACGAGCUUGACUGGCCCCAGUUCUCAGAGAUCACUGGAUUUCUGAACUCCACCAUCGGAGGCUGGACAGACUCUCUGUAUCUACGCUUACGGAACAGGAACCGCUGUAAUCACAGAGACCUACAGAACAUCUCCAAAAAUGGUGGCUCUUCAGGAAAUCUCCUCCACUUAAUAAAGAGCUUGGCCAGAAACCAGCUGUUGGACAAUCCAGCCACCGUGAUCUACGCAACGAUUGGGAAUGACGUCUGCAACGGGAACAACGACACGCUGGCUUACAUGACUACACCCAAAGAGAUGCUCUCCAACGUGAUGCAGGCGCUGCGAUACCUGGACACCCGUCUUCCAAACGGCAGCCACGUGAUUUUAACAGGCUUGGUGGAUGGGCGCUUCCUGUGGGAUAACCUGCACGACAGAUACCAUCCCCUAGGGCAGCUGAACAGGGAUAUCACAUACAGCCAACUGUAUUCUUUCCUCGACUGCCUCCAGGUGAGCCCCUGCAGGGGCUGGAUGACUGCCAAUGAGACCCUCAGAAACUUGACCUCAGAGAGAGCUUUACAGCUUUCCAAUGUCCUGAAAGAAAUAGCGAGAUCUGAGAAAUUCGCCAACUUUGAUAUUUUCUACAUGGAUUUCCCACUGAGACAAACGGCCGAGAAGUGGCGCAGGAUGGGAGGUGAGCCCUGGCAGCUGAUCGAACCAGUUGAUGGCUUCCACCCCAGCCAGAUUGCUGGAGCCCUCGGCACAAGCAUCACCUGGCAGAAGGCACUGCAGGAAUGGCCUCAGGUGCUCGGAAAGGAGAAUCCAUUCAAUGACCAGAUAGAAGCUAUAUUCAAAGAUCAAGGUGGACACUGACUUCAAACAGCCGGAGCUCUGACGUGGUUUAUGGUGAUGCUUCCCAGUGCAUGCCACGGAACCAGAUGAUUAAAGACACACACACUCAAAAAGGGAGAGGGCAAGUUGUCAGAGCCAGUAGCAGUGGACAUAACACAGCAGCGCUCUUUUCAGUCUGUAUCUCACCUGCACAAGUAGGCUAUGCUAUGCAAAAAUAAAAGUCAAAGGAUACCUGCCAGCUAGACCACUUGUACUGGUUUGCAAAUCCAUAUGGGAUUUUAAUACCAUACAUAGCAAACUUCUACCCCUGCCUCCUUUCCAACCCCCUGCAGAACUCCUAGGCUUUCCAUUUGUGCUGUUCCAACAGUUAAUCUGAUCCCAGAAGGAAGCGGUGGGUAAGAAAACCCCAAACUCAUUAUGCUGCUCUAAAUUGUAUGGAAUUGCCCUGAGUGUCACUACAUUAUUUAGCUGCUAUUUCCUUAUUAAAAUGUGCCAGGAAUAACAAGGUGCUGGAAUUUGGCUUUGCCUGGCAGCAUUAGUACCAGCUGAGCACAAGUUCUCUUCCCCCCCCACUCCCAGCAUUAAAAAGACAGCAACUUGACAACCCUUUGUGUCUUUAAAACAGGUUGCCUUUUCAACCUUUAAUAACUCUUUGCUCUUUUUCUUCCUAUCAAGUCUGAUGUACCUAGUCCUGUAGCUUUUGCAGGUAGGACCCAGGGAAUCGCUGAAGACACUGGCCAGCCCUUACCUGCUUGGCUUCACGCAGACUGGAAGGUUGGGAGCCACAAGCUGGUUUUUCACAGAUUUAUCCAGUAACAAAAUCAGCAAACACGACAAAAUUAGAGGCAGCUGUCCCCUGCUCACAGCCUUAGCAGUGAUGAAGGGAUCAGACAACACAGAACGGCAGCACAGUCAACACUGCAGCUUUGAAGGUAGAAAUUCCUUUGGGACAACUGCUAACAUUUAAGUAAAUAUUCAUGUCGCCUGCUUUAGGAAACCAGUAGGGAUUACAUUCCUUAACUGAAUGAUACUUCCUAAUAAGGCCCAAAAUUCAUUGAAGGCGUUUAAAUGUCAGCAAAACACCCCCUCUCCCAAGAAACCGUUCCAGCUCCGCAGAGGCAUGCCUGAGGAAGGCCAGCUAGCAUUAGAAGGAAAAGGAAACCUACCUGCUUUCCAUGCAAAGUCUCUCCACCAUUUGCUGCAUGCUGGCCAGGUAGAACACCCCUAAGUAUCUUUUAUUACCUGUUCAGGCUUCCUAUCUUCCAUUAAAAACAAGUGGGUAGAAGGAACAAGUGCAUCCACAUGGUUUUACUAUAGACCAACUACAGCACAGACAACAAUUAGAGAAUAUCAGAUAAUUGCCUUGACGCCAAAAUACAGAAGCAUAGCAAUUAAAAGGGGGAAGGGAACAGUGUGUGUUUAGAAGCCCAAUUUUCAAGCAAUCCCAUUGCAAAUUAUUGUGUUUCAUUUGAGGUUGGGAUUUAAUAACACCAAUUAGGAGUUUUACAAGCUAGUAAGACUGAAAUUUCCUUAGCUAAAAUAAGCUUCAUUGCCCAGAGCAAAGCAUUUUCCAUUUAUAGACUUAUUAGUGAACAUCUUGAAUUUGUGAACAAUGGGGAAAAAAAGCUUUCUUGUAAAAUUAGAACAGCAUCUUCUCAAAGAUGACCUGGAACCCAAAAUAAAGCUCUUGGAUCUGCCCAGUGCAA